CCUUCACAAUGCCGGUGAAAAAGCAAGAGGCACACCGGGCGCUCGAGCUGCUGGAGGACUACCAUUCCCGUCUAUCGUCACCGCAGGACCGCGCCCUACGCAGCGCCAUCGAACGUGUCAUCAGGAUAUUUAAAUCGCGCCUCUUCCAGGCACUGCUGGAUAUACAAGAGUUUUACGAGCUGACACUGCUGGACGAAUCGAAAACCAUACAGCAGAAGACGGCAGAAACACUACUGAUCGCUAGCAAAUGGGAACAGGACAAUGCCAUCAAGGCGAACGAAGCAAACCGCAUCAAGCAACAGGAACAGGAGCAGCAACAGUUGCAGCAGCAGCAGCAGCAGCAGCAGUCACCGCCACAGCUUCAGCUCCAGCAGGAGGUGGAUAAGCAGCCGAUCAUUGAGUUACCGUCGCCCCGGCUGACGACAACCAAAGUUCCAACAUCGAAUUCGAAUGAUACAAAACAGCUGAAUGGCGAUUCGCCCUGGGAGUACGAUGAAAUAACGCUGAUCCGUGGCUCGACCGGUCUUGGCUUCUCGAUCGCGGGCGGUACGGACAAUCCGCACAUCAAUCUCGACGCUUCAAUCUACAUCACCAAGGUGAUACCGGGCGGUGCGGCACACGUUGACGGUCGGCUGCAGGUGAACGAUUGCAUUGUGGCCGUGAACGAGGUGCGCGUGGUGAACGUUACGCACGGUGAAGCUGUCGACGCUCUCAAGCAGGCGGGCGAUCGUGUAACACUGCACAUUCGCCGGAAGCGACCGCCCGCACAGGCACCGAAGCUGGAAGAGAUCGAACUGCUGAAGGGUAGCAAAGGGCUCGGCUUUUCGAUUGCGGGCGGGAUCGGCAACCAGCACAUCCCGGGCGAUAAUGGCAUUUACGUGACGAAGAUCAUGGAGGGCGGUGCGGCCCACAUCGAUGGGCGGCUGGCCGUUGGCGAUAAGCUGAUCGCCGUCCGCACACCGGACGGUGGAGAGCGCAAUCUCGAGAAUGUCGUGCACGAGGAAGCGGUCGCAACGCUCAAGGCGAUCACCAACCGGGCGACGCUGAUCGUGCAGAAGACGAACAUACUGCAGGCGCUCGCCAACUCGAUCAGCAAUCUGAACUCGCUCUCGACCAACGCGAUGAACAACGUGGGCGUUAGCAUGGUGGAUCACGCAUCACCGGAUGCGGGUGGUGGUGGCGGCGGUGAGGCCGGUGGAGGUGACAGCGAAAUGGCACCGACGGCCCGUUCCCAUUCGCCAGCGUUCGCACUGGAAAACAGCUCGUCCCGGUACGCGUCGUCUAAUGUGCUGGAAACGGGCAUGCCGAUCGGUACACCGCGCGCCGUUAGCAGUGAAGACAUUACGCGAGUACCACGCACGAUCGUCAUUCGAAAAGGAGCAUCUGGGCUUGGCUUCAACAUCGUCGGUGGUGAGGAUGGACAGGGAAUCUUCGUAUCGUACGUCCUGGCGGGCGGUGCGGCCGAUCUCGGCGGUGAGCUAAAACGUGGCGACCAGCUACUGUCCGUGAACGGCAUCAGUUUGGCAAACGCAUCCCACGAAGAUGCUGCCCAAGCGCUUAAGAAUGCCGGUGGCACGGUUACGUUGGUGGUGCAGUACCGACCGGAAGACUACAAUCGCUUCGAGCAGCGCAUCCAGGAGCUAAAGCAAGCGGUAGCAGCCGGCACCGGCACGUUGCUGCGCACGUCCCAGAAGCGUACACUCUACGUACGCGCACUGUUCGAUUACGAUCCGAACCGGGACGAUGGGCUACCGACGCGCGGACUCCAGUUCCGGCACGGCGACAUACUGCACGUGACGAACGCGUCCGACGACGAAUGGUGGCAGGCGCGCCGCGUGAUCGGCGAGGACGAGGAGGAAAGCAUCGGCAUCGUGCCGUCGAAAAGGCGCUGGGAGCGCAAGCAACGGGCCCGGGACCGAAGCGUCAAGUUCCAGGGCCAUGCCGGUGCAAACAAUAACAACCUGGAAAAGGUAUCUCCAUCGGGCGAGGAGGUAUCGACGCUUGAUCGUAAAAAGAAAAACUUUUCCUUCUCCCGCCGGUUCCCGUUCAUGAAGAGCAAAGACGAUAAGAACGAGGACGGAUCGGACCAGGAGCCCAAUGGCAACCUGAAUGAUCCGAAUAGUCACGAUACCGAGCAGCCUUUCAUGCUUUGCUACACACAAGAAGACGCGAACGCCGAAGCGGAGGAAAACAUCUUAUCGUACGAGCCGGUACAGCGUCUACAAAUCACCUACACGCGUCCCGUGAUUAUUCUCGGCCCGCUGAAGGAUCGCAUCAAUGACGACCUGAUCUCGGAAUACCCGAACAAGUUCGGCUCGUGUGUACCACAUACCACACGCCCGAAACGUGACCAUGAGGUGGACGGUCGGGAUUACCAUUUUAUAGCGUCACGCGAACAGAUGGAAAAGGACAUCCAGAACCAUCUGUUCAUUGAGGCAGGCCAGUACAAUGACAAUCUGUACGGUACGUCCGUGGCGUCGGUGCGCGAGGUCGCCGAGAAGGGCAAACACUGUAUACUGGACGUGUCCGGCAAUGCGAUCAAGCGGCUGCAGGUGGCCCAACUCUACCCGAUCGCCAUCUUCAUCAAGCCGAUGUCGGUGGAAUCGAUCAUGGAAAUGAAUAGACGCAUGACGGAGGAACAGGCGAAGAAAACCUACGAACGAACCCUAAAGAUGGAGCACGAGUUUGGCGAAUACUUUACCGCCAUUGUGCAAGGCGAUACGAUCGAGGAGAUCUACAGCAAGGUGAAGAAUGUUAUCUGGUCUCAGGGCGGACCGACGAUCUGGGUACCGUCGAAGGAAUCUCUAUGACCGCAGGCAAGCAUCACCUGGACGCUGCCACCAAAUAUGCGUGCACGGCCCGUAUCCCGCACAUCCGGCCACCAUUGA